AACGCACAACUACUCUACUUUUCCGCAGUCGAAAGUCCUCUAUUUUCCUCGUUCCAUUGGUUGGCGUUGCCGGGAGAGGCCACAAUUCAGACUAGUCUGAAGUGUCACCAUUUAUUUAUUGUACGAAACAAAAGCUGCGAAAGAAUCAAGCGAGAAUUUGAAGGAAGGAAAAAUUUAGACGCGUCCCUGUGAUCCCCAUAAAGCAAAGGCGAAGGAAUUCAACCAAAAUGGGGGCCAUCAAUAUACCUAAAAAGCCGGAAGAGGUUCCCGAAGCAGCCCAAGGGAACCCUGUCUAUGAACAAACGAGACAGGAUAUGCCAUUGUUCUGUUGUGGAAAGAAUUGUGGCCGUAAUACUCGGUAAGAGAUGUUGGAUCCGGCAGCGAUCAACGAUGCAAAGAGAUUCUCUUCGGGACCUCUUCUCUGACUCUUGUGUUCUUUGUCAUUAAUUUUCCAUGACUUAAUAUUUACAAAACUUUGCUAUGUGUAUCCUUGAAUACUCCAAACAGUAUAACGGUUUUCGUAUUGGGUCUGAUCGCCGUCUCGUGCUCCUUUGUAGUUUGCUUCUCGUCGAACUACUUUACCUUCGUGAGUCUGAGGAAUGACACCUUCUAUGAUGAAGAAAAGACGCAGCCCCAUCCAUUCGAAUAUGCGGUCGAGGCUAAUGUAGGGUUCUUUCGGUACGAAAUCUUGGAAGUUUUCGAAUAUCCAUGGCCUCCGAAGGAUCAACGGGAGCUUUUUGAUGCCAUGCACGAUCGCGAGCUUGAGCGACUUGCUGCAAACGAUGAAACAUACGAUUUCAAAGACGAACAAGUUUCUUCGAACUCUGCUAUCGUAAAGAAGAUCAGGCGAAUACAAGACGAAUUCCCCGACGAUUUUAAUGACGACGACCAAACACCAUCGAAGGAACACGUGCAACUCGCUGUAUCCGAUGAACAAUCCCCACCGAACGAGGAAGAAUCGUCUUCGAACUCUGCCAACUCGAACGAGUCAAGGCGAAUGCAAAACAAGUUCCCCGCCGAUUUUUACGAUGACGACAUUUUAUCAUUCAACCAAAUCUCCUCUUUUAUCGGCGACGAUGAUUUUUCUGACAAUCCAUCUCAAAACACAACGGAUGCGAUGGGCAAUUCAACGUACCAAAAGGAUGCGAUGGACAUUGUGUUGCCCAAAUCGCCGACCUUCGCACCACUUUCGGGCAUUCCAAUCGAGUUGGUUCCCGACGUCAUUCCGGGAAGCAAUGCAGUUUCGCGCCUCCCCACGUCGUCUCCGACCACGGCACCCACCAUAAGCGAUCCGAACUUGAAAAUCGAUGUCCAGGUCGGUGUGGUUUUGCCCUACCCCCCCGGAAGUGAUCAUUUCGAUUCGUACUUCCAAAAUGGACAAACAGGGGCCUUUUGGGCACCCAUCACGGCACUCAUCGGUUUGUUCUUUGGCAUGCUCGAAUUUUGUUGUUGCGUUUACAAGUGUAGUUGGUUGCCAACGGCCUUGUUUUUGUACGCAGCAUUMAUGCUACAGCUGAUGACAAUCAUGAUGUUUUUGACCGAAGAUUUCUGGUGAGUAGAAUUUGGAACGCGACUCUCCUCAACAGGAUUGUAGUUGCAUUGUUUCAUUCUUCCAUGCUUCCGUGCUCUUGAUAUCGGUCUCCCUGCCGUUUCACAUUGUUCUUGUAUUCUAACUUUGUUCCACCUGUGCCGUGCAUCCUUCGAACCUUGAAUUCUCUGCUUCGUCAGCGAUUACACCCAGGACUGCGUGCUCGGGACCUCUGGGUACCUGUCCGUGGUCGCCGUGCUGCUCUAUAUGGUUUGCCAGUCCCUGAUUUGCAUGACACCGCGGCCACCGCCGCUCUUUGAUCCCCUGAAAAAGCUGCGGAGCAAAAAGCGCAAAAAGGACAAGGAGAAGAAGCAGCACAACGAGUGGGACGAGACCCAGGCCCUGGCCGAGAACGAGGGCGGCUUUGCGGGCGACGGCCCCGAUUCCUUUGCCGACGAGGACGAGGACGCGUUCUACAACCCCGACAGGGUGUACGACGACGACGACGACCACUACGAGUACGAGAGGGACGACAACGAUUACGGGUACGACGACGGAUAUGGCGACGGUGGGUACGGCGACGAGGUCUACGAGGGCUACGACGACGACGACGACGACGACGCCAAUGGUUACGAUGACGACGAGGAGCCCAACCAAUCCGGGCGCCGACUCUCGAGGGGACAGAACGCCGAGUGAGUCCGGUCGGGGUUGGCAACACAAACCAAACCAAACCCAAUGGCAGAAGCGUCUAUUAGACCCACCCGGGCCAUUGCUGUUGGGAUGCAAGCAUAAUUGUACAAUAGAGGAUUAAUUAUUACGGAGUACUGGAAUCACUAUCUAUGUGUCUGUAAGAGAAAUGCAUUUCCUUGUUUGCCUCCCUCUUGCACACUCGUUGGAAUACAAUGCUUCCGUUCCAUGGAUCCCAGAGACAACCAGCACCCGUCAUUUUUUCGGAGUGGUUUUGGUCCGCAUCGGCGGCAGCGCAUCCAACGGAAUCAGGGUCCCUUUGCCUCGUCCCGUUCGUCGCGGUCCGAUCCCCUGCCUCGGCCGUGCCGCAAUGCAAUGUGCCAUGCGCUGUGCUCUGUUGUGCACCACGGCCCUACCCAUCCUCUUAGCUUCUGUUCUUGCGGAAGCAGCGGUCCGACACCAAAACACCA